AUGGUUCCAUCUGGAAGCUACAUCCCCCUCUUCCUCUUCUUUCUCUCUUCAUCUGCAUCCACUACUCUCACAGGUUUCGUUUCCAUAGAUUGUGCAAAUCAGACUUUCCAUGACCCACUUGCUUCUGAAAACCUCAACUCCCUUUUCAAAAGCCUUGUUUCUCGAUCAUCCACCACUAAUUUCUACAAAACAACCUCCGGUGAGAAUAACCAGUCCAUUUCCGGCUUCUACCAGUGCCAUUUUGACUUGUCGAAGAUAAAUUGCAGCAGGUGCAUAACAGAACUCAUGCACUCUAUCCAAAAAAUGUGCAAGACAAACACAUUGGCCGCUCGAGUCCAGCUUAAUGGAUGUUAG